GUUAUGGUUAUGGUUAGGGUCAGUGUUAGUAUUAGGGUUAGUAUUAGUGUUAGGUUUAGGCUUAGGUUUAGUGUUAGGUCAUUAGUAUUUGGGUUGGGGUUUUUGUUAGAUUUAAGGUUUAUGUGAACGUGAAGACCAGCUUUUGUUUUAUCGUUAGGAUAAGGUUUAAGUUUAAGUUUAUGGUUAGUUUGACGUUUACAUUUAGUGUUAGUAUUGGAGUUAAGCUUUGUGUUAGUUUUAGGGUGAAGUUUAGGGUUUCUAUUAUUGGUUAGGGUUAGGGUGCGAGUCAACGUUACGGCUAUUAUUUAGGAUUAGGUCAAAAGGGUUCGGGUCCAUGUGGUCUGUGGGAUGUUUAAAGGCUUUAGAGGUGUGCAGAGGCUUAGAUUUGGCGUUUGUAUGGAUAUGACAUCGGGUGUUGCCAUGCGUGGUGUCUGGGAGUGUCACCACUCAGUUCGGGACUUUCCCUGGGACAGAGUACUGUGUGUGUGGUGGGAGCCCCACGAUGGAGCUUGGGCUUUCCCAUGGGGUAUUCAGUGGGCUUUUAGGGCAUGGAGGUCUGGGGGGUGUAGUCCGGGUGUUUGUGUGGCACCACCCCCAGCAGCCACCGCCCUGGGGAUGAGAUGUGGUAACACUGCCACCCAUUGGUGAUAUGGGGGACACACACAUGGGGGAUCAGAGCUACGCGGGGGCACAGGUGUGGAUGUUACCUUCGGUGUCACGUUGUCCCUAAGGAGUGAGGACACAAAGGGGUAACCCCAGGGUCUGUAGGGGCAAAUAUAGGUGCCAGCAUCAGCCGGGGUCACCCCAAAGAGGAGGAAGGCGGCUGUGCUCACACCAUUGUGGUCCUCAUGCUGGACAGGGUUCCUGCACUACCAGUGCCCGUGGCACCGCGUCCCCAUUGUCACUCACUGAGAAUGGGGGCCACCGCCAUUGGUGCCACGAGGCAGGAGCAGCUUGGGGACAAGUAAAUCGCAGGCAUUACUUUUGGAGUGACCCCCAUCCGAGCAGCCCGAGGCACUCCAUGGCACUCAGCGCAGCCUGGGGUUGGGAGCACAUGGGAUCGUGCUGUGGGGCUUUGCAGCCAUGGGGCGGGACGAAGGCGGUUUGUAGGUGGUGGUGGGUCCUUCCUGGGGUGACCCAUGUGGCAGGGGCCUGGGGGCCCAUAUGUGGUCGUUGGGUCUCCAAAUCUAUGAGGCAAGAUGUGGGGCUCGGCUUUGUCAGAGAAGGGGGUGGCUGUGGGGCCCCAAAUCUCUGUGAUGCGCUAUAGGGAAGGGUUUUGGAGGUCCACAGGUCAUCGUGGAUGAUGACAGCGACAAUAACAAUGACAAACAAAUCUAUGGUGUAAGAUAUGGGGAAGGUGGUUGUGGUCUUCAAGUCUAUGGGGUGAGCUAUGGGUCAGGGUGUUGAAGACCCAUGAGUGUUCGCUGUGUUUCCAAAUCUAUGAGGUGCUCUAUUGAGAAGUGUUCUGGACAUCCACGGAAGGUUGUGGGGCCUCCAAAGCAGUGGGGCAACCUAUGGGGCAGGUGUUCUCCCCACGUAUUCCCCUCAAAUUUUCCCCUUACCCUCAAGUAGUAACUCCUCUUCCCCACGGGGUUUCCCUACCCCAUAACAAAGGACAAAGGGCUUCUGUGGGGGGAGGGAGCAUCCCCCACCUGUGGCCCCACCCCUGGGAGUGUCCCUCAUAAUCUGUGGGAUAACACACAGUGCCCCACAGACACAGGGGUGAGCAGUGGAGCCUUCCUCUCGCCAUGCUCGUCCUCACCAUCUACGCGCUGACCUUCGCCGUGGGUCUUCCUGCCAACGUCUUCACCUUCCUCACUCUCCUCAUCAAAAUCCGGUGUCACCGUCCUCAUCCCCACCUCACCGCUGCCGACCUCCUCCUCCUCCACCUCACCACCGCCGACCUUCUCCUCCUCCUCUUCCUCCCCUUCAAGAUGGCUGAGGCAGCUGCCAAGAUGCUGUGGCCCUUCCCCACAGUGCUCUGCCCCAUAGCAAACUUCUGCUUCUACUCCAGCAUCUACCUCAGCACUCUCUUUAUGGCUGCCCUCAGUGUGGAGCGCUACUUUGGGGUCGUGUUCCCGCACCGCUACAACCGGCGCCGGAGGUUAUGGCAGACGAUGGCCGCCAGCGCUGUCCUUUCAGUGAUGGCAUUGUCCCAUUGUUCCAUCGUUUUUGUGGCAGAAUAUCACAGGGAGUUUGGUGUCAAUGGGUCUGAGGCUGAUGGGAAAGGCGGUUUGGGGGUGAAUGGGAUCAAGACCUGGGGAUCCGUGAUGGAGAACCCCAGUCAUGUUGACCCCACUGGGCUGAAGAUGGGCAUCUCCCAUUGCUUUGGAGUCACUGGGUUUGACCGUGGGGGAUUUGGGUUGACCAAACCUGAUGGUGCUGACACCAAUGUCCCCAACACCUCCACUGCUGACAUCACCAUCCCCAGUGGCUCGAAGAUCCCCGGUGCCGACAACUACAGGAUCUCCAGCCCCAAUGCUUUCCUCAACAUCUCCAGCCGCAAAUCCUCUGCCUGCACAACCCCAAACACACCCCACAUCCCCACCACCACCCCGUGGACUUUCCAGAAUGCCUCUGAGACUCAGCGCCACCGGGGCUACCAGUGCUACGAUGACUUCUCCCAAGCCCAGCUGCGCUUUGUCCUUCCGCUGCGCCUUGAGCUCUUCCUCGUCCUCUUCCUCAUCCCCUUUGCCAUCACCAUGUUCUGCUACAUCCGCCUCAUCCGUGCCCUCCUCACUCGACCCCACAUCCCGCUGCAGAAGAAGUACCGCACUGUGGGGCUGGCUGUGGUCACCAUGGUCAACUUUGGGAUCUGCUUUGGACCCUACAACAUCUCGCAUGUGGUGGGCUUUGUGCAGCAGCGCAGCCCUGAGUGGAGGCCCUACGCUCUGCUCCUCACCACCCUCAGCGCUGCGCUCGACCCCUUCAUCUUCUAUUUCUCCUCCAGUGCAGUGCGGAGGGCGGUCAGUGGGAUGGUGGGAGCAAUUCGGGGCACAAUGUGUGGGUUUUGGGGUUGGUGUUGGCAGAGGACAAUGAGCCCCAACCUGGAGGAGGUUAUGGGGUAA